AGGCUUGUUUUUGAUGGGCAAGCCAUUGCGCCAAUCAGGAGGCGCUUUCUCUCAUAAGCUCUCGGCGCUAUCAAGCCCCAUGUUCCUGAGGGAAAGGAGAAAGCUUGGCUGCCCUCCUGUUUGCCCUUGUUUCGCCGUAGAGACGCACCACGGCCCGGAACCAGACCCCCCGCCCUUCGGGCAUCACGUACCAAAGCCCUCAGCUCUGCCGGCUAUAACAACCGCGAGCCGUGGGGCGCCCCCGGAGCCCGAAAGCAUUCCCGAACCUUCGCGCCGCGCGCGCCCACCCUAGUGCGUUGUGAAAGGGACCAGCUCGGACACCGGCGCGCGCACAGUCAAAGGAAGCGGCUCGUGUGGGCGUGGCCCUCCGGUCCUGCUCCAAUUGGAGGGAAGUCGAAAAGGGGCGGGGCAAAAGGAACUACGUUUAGCCAAUCGGGAGCCGAGCACGGCCCUUGCUCCGGAAGUGAGCAGGGGCUAGGUUGGUGUCCACGUGGUUACGCUUCGUUCCACCCAUGUGGAUGCCUCAACGAGGAUCCAGGAGCCGGAGGUGCAUUUCAUAGGAGCGGACCAAGAUGACUGAAGAUGUGGGGAGAGCUGUAGACCUGGGCGAUCUGGAGGGCAGCGAGGCUGUCACCAAGGAAGGUAGACCAAAGGGGAAGAAAAGGUCUUCAGCCUUGGAGGGCAUCUUGCAGCCGGUGAAGCUGUGCAAGGCUGAGCUGUACAAGCCCCCCACCAAUGAAGAACUGAGCCGGCUCAAGGAGACGGAGAACCUCUUUCAUUCCAACCUCUUGCGCUUGCAGAUAGAGGAGCUUUUGAAGGAGGUGACACUCAAGGAGAAGAGGAAACAGAAAAUCGACUCCUUCCUCCAUGAAAUCAAUGCUUUGCUGAGCAGAGUCCCAGAGACCCUGGAAAGAGAUAUCACUGACCAGUCAUGGCUACCGAAGGGGCUGAAGGUGCCGUUCCUGCAGGUACCUUUCCGUGUGAAGGGCAGGUUCCGCUUCUUGCCCCCUAUGGAGGUAAAGGUGGUAGGGAGCUACCUACUGGGUACCUGCAUCAAGCCUGAGAUUAACGUGGAUGUGGCACUGAUCAUGCCCAAGGAAAUCUUUCAAGACAAGGACUACCUGAACCAGCGCUACCACCGGAAGAGGGCCCUGUACCUGGCACAUGUUGCCCAUCACCUGGCCAAGGAAAAGCUCUUUGGGAGUGUUAAGUUUGCCUACAUGAAUAGCAACCAUCUCAAACCAGUUGUGCUCUUGCAGCCACCAGGGAAAGAUGAGAAGAUGGUGACUGUCCGCCUCUAUGCCUGCCCUGCCCAAGGUGUCUUCAAAGCCAGCCGCUUGCAUCCUGGCAAGAACAACGUCCGCACUGCCUGGUUCAUGGGAAAGGGCUCUUCUGUGGCAGGAGCAGCCGAGCCCUCCACCCCCCACUACAACAACUCCAUAUUGUGGGACCUGGUGAUGGAGUCCAGCCUGCUGUUCCUUUCUGGGGCAGCCAAUGACUUCCAAGGCAUGCGGGAUGGAGUGUGUCUCCUCAAAGUUUGGCUGCACCAGCGGGUGCUUGAUAAGGGCUUGGGAUGCUUCAGUGGCUUCCUGGCCUCCAUGCUGGUGGCGUAUCUCUUGUCCAAACACAAGAUCAACAAGGUGAUGAGUGGUUACCAGGUGUUGAGAAACGCCCUUCAGUUCUUGGCUACUACAGAUCUCAGUACAUCUGGAAUCAGCCUUGCAAAGGAUGGAGGCGACUUGUUGCCUACCCUGGCCGACUUUCACGGGGCGUUCCAAGUGGUCUUCGUGGACCCUUCUGGACUGGUGAACCUGUGUGCAGAUAUGACUGCCGGCACAUAUAAGCAGAUCCAGUUUGAAGCCAGGCACUCGAUGGAGGUUCUGGAUGACAAAAUGGUGGAUGGAUUCCAGUUGCUAUUCAUGACCUCGAAGCCUCUGAUCCAAACCUUUGAUCACGUGUUCUACCUCAAGCAUGUCUCUAAGCUACAGGCAGCCUGUAAGAAGAUGCAGCUUCUCAACAAGCUCAUGGACCACGGUGGAAAUUACGUGGCCGCAACUCUGCCAUUCCUCAUCACCUUGCUGGAGCGUGGCCUGGCCCAGAGGAUCUUGCUGCUGACACACACGCUGCCCCAAAUCCCCCCGUGGCCAAUCAGUGCUGAACCCCCAAAGCACAAAGAUGGUGGGCCUUUGUCAUUUGGACUCUUGCUGAGUCCCGAUUUUGCUACCAGCAUCUUGGAGAAGGGACCCACAGCCGACAGACCUGAGGCAGUGGAGUUCCGGCAGUUCUGGGGGGAGCGGUCGGAGUUGAGGCGUUUCCAAGAUGGGGCUAUCUGUGAAGCUGUUUUGUGGGACGCACCAAACAUGAGCCAGAAGCGCCUCAUUCCAGAGCAAAUCAUCCGUCACCUCCUGAAAUUACAUAUGGACAUUCCAGAAUCCUCCAUCUGCUACACAGGUGCUUUGCUGGAGUCUGUGAUCAAACUGGGACGCGAGCCAGCAGGUACCGGCGAGGAGGCCAUGGUGAGCAUCGUCCGUUCCUACGAUGACCUGAGCCGCAAGCUGUGGAACCUGGAGGGGCUGCCACUGACGGUGACCGCUGUGCAGGCAGCCCACCCAGCCCUGAGAUACACAGACGUCUUCCCUCCUGUCCCCAUGAAACCAGAUUACACCUACCAUGCCAGGAUCAAGGACCGAGAGUCACUUCUGCCCUUGGCGGAGAAACCCUGCCCAGCUUUUAUAGCCCCAAUGAAAGUGAUAUGCCACAUGGAGGGCAGUGGCCAGUGGCCUCAAGACAAGGAAGCCAUCCGGCGCAUCAAGGCUGCUUUCCAGCUUCAGCUAGCAGAACUGCUACACCAGCAACACCAUCUGCUGUGCCGGCCUGCCCCCACCUAUACUGAAGUGUAUAAGGAUGGCUAUGUCUUCCACCUCCAAGUGGCCUACCACCGAGAGCCCCAGAUUCUGAAGGAAGUAAUCACCCCAGAAGGCAUGCGGAAAUAUCAGGACACAGAGGAGUCCCAUCAGCUAGAACGGGAGACGCUGCACUUGCCUUUCUUGACCAGUUCUCUUCAUGGCCUCCAGCAGCAGCACCCUGCUUUCAGUAGCGCCUGCCGGCUUGCCAAACGCUGGAUCAGUGCUCAGCUGCUGAGUGACAGCCUCUCGGAGGAGUGUGUGGAUUUACUGGUGGCUGCCCUCUUCCUGUGCCCAGCGCCCUUCACAGCACCCAGCUGCCCUCAGGUGGGCUUCCUUCGCUUCCUUCACCUGCUCACCACCUUUGACUGGAAGAACAGCCCCCUAAUUGUGAACCUGAACGCUGAGCUCAAAGAUGCAGAUUACGUGGAGAUCAAGAAUGAUUUUGUGGCAGCCCGGCCCCGCCUCCCUGUCAUGUUCAUCGCUACCCCCAGAGACCGGCAGAACUCGGUGUGGACCAAAGAGGGGCCUUCGGUGCAGAUCCUGCAGCGUCUCCUUGUGUUGGCUCUGGAAUCUCUUCGGACUUUGGAGGAGCAACUUGCAGACCCUCUGGGAAGCCAGGAAGUGAAGAUGGUUUUCCGCCCACCUCUGGAUUUCUAUGACGUCCUUAUCCACCUGAACCCCAAGCAGAUUCCGCGGCACAUGGAGGCAGUGGACCGGCCAGUCAAAUCCUUCAGCCGGGGCAUGUUAAAAAGCAACGCCUCAGUGAAAACCUCUGUUUUCCCAGUGGUGAAUUACGACCCGGUGCAAUUCUACCUUCAGGAACUGCGGGAGGCUUUCAGCGAACUUGCCCUGUUCUUCUACAACAAGCAUGGAGGAGAGGUCAUUGGAGUCCUCUGGAAACCUUCGGGAUUCGAGCCACAGCCUUUCAAGGCAUCCAGCAUGAGAGGAAGGAUGAUGUCUACACUCAACACAAAACCUGUGACCGUUCCCAAUGUUGAAGCUGUUUUAGAAGACUUUCAGGUCUUGGGAGAAGGACUGGUCAAAUCGGUGGAGGCUCAUACAGAGAAGUGGUCUAUUUAGGAUUUUCUAGGAUGCUUCUGAGUGUCUAAGGCAUUGCUUUGGUCACACAGGGUGUGUCCUCAUCCAUAACUUCUCUUUGCGCUGUUUGAGGCUGAUUCAUAACUUAGAAUUAUAUUGUAAGGAAGGUAUUUUAAUUACAUAGAAAUCUCUCCAUUCUAGUCCCUUCUGUAGACAUAUCCCAUUAAGAUAACCCAGACAUUCCUAAUAAAGAACUCUGUUUACUGUAGAAACCCUGCUAAAUCCUUCUGCCUUUCGAGAGUAAAGACAUAACUUGAAAGUGGUUUAUCAAGUGGAAUUCUAAUUAAAACUUCACUGCUUCGGAAAGCAAUCAA